UCCGCGAGGCUCUCACAGAAAGUAGUCCCUGCGGACAGAGGCCAACAGCUGGUCUCUUAGGUCAGUGUGUUACCGGCAGCUAGUGGUGGUGUCUCUUCGAGCCCACGAAGCCACUCUUGUUCCUGGGACGGCGAUGUAGAGGCCUGGUAGGGUUCGGGGUGCGCGCGCACACGUGCAGGUGGCGGCGGCGUAGAGAUUCUCAAAGUAACGCCGGAACGCCGAGGAGGCGGGGCCGGCAAUUUGAAUCGGGUGGCGGUCCGAGCCCUCGCGGAAGGAAGGCCGUAAGGGACUCCGGCCGCAGGUUGGGGUGUUGGCGGCGAGGGAUCUGGGAGCCCUCAGCGGAUGGCUUGGCGGCCGAUAGUUGUUUUCUCGAGCGAAUGCUUCAGGACCAAAGAGCCGAGAUCUAGAAGGCACGGCAGUCCCAAUAUUCAUCGGAGUAGCGUUCGAAAUAAACCCUACGGAAGAUGGAUACUUGUUCACAAGACAGCGAGCCCCUUCAAACCAAGGAGUCUUCUAUUAAUAACAAUGGAAACACCCCUUUCAUUUUGGGAAAUGGGAAGCUUGUAACUCCCCACAAGCAGGGAGCUGAAAUGACUCCUAAUGAUUGCACAUCAGAGACUUUUAAAUCUCCUUUGAACUUUUCCACAGAAACUGUGGAGCAAUUGGGAAUUACACCUGAAAGCUUUGUAAAUAACUCUUUAGGAAAGUCAUCACUCUACCUUAAAAAAUCCAGACGGCGCUCUACAGUUGGUCUUCGGGGCCUUCCUGAAACAAAUCAUCUAAUUCGUUUUGUUGCUGAGCAGCGGAGUUUAACAAAUGCUUCUUUGACCCAGACUUCCCCUUUUCAGGGCAGCCCUGCUUUGUAUCGAAAUGUUUAUUCUUUAAGAGAGCAAAUGUCUGCCUUCCAUUUGGCUUUUAACUGCAUAAAGGAAAAUGAGAAAAUGACUGACUGUCCUGAAUUCUCAGAGGCGGAAGGAGUGUUCAAGACCAGAGGCUCGACCAAAAAGGAAAGUCUUGGUGAAUGUCAGCUGUCUGAGUUCUCUGCACAGUCACCAUCCAAACGUCGGAGAAUAUCCUCUCCAAGCAGCUCUGACAUAAAUGUAACUGAUGCGGUUAGUCUCCAGACACCCAAUGUCAAUGUUGCUGCUUGUCCCAUCACAGACAUGGAGUGUGCUGUUGAAACCUUUGCUGAUCUCUCCCAGAAAUUUUCUGCAUCUGGUUUAAAUCUACAGUCUGGAUGUUUAAUGACUGAGUCUCCUCUACUUUCAGAAGUUACAGAGGCUUCAAGUGGAAUCCAGGAUGCUGCCUCCAUAGAAGGGAGAGGAUCCAGUGAUGCCGUUUCGGUUGAUGAAUGUACAGAAGUGAGCGCAGACACAGCUCCCGAAGUCAGGUCCCUGGUUACCCCACUGUGCCAGAAGGACCCUCCGUCCUCCGAGACGUUUGUCCUACGUUCUGUCCUGAAGAAACCCGCUGUGAAGCUGUGUGUAGAAAGCCUGCAGGAACACCAUGACAACCUCUAUAAUGAUGGGGCUUGUCCAAGCUUAACCUCCAGUCUUGCAAACUGUUGCAAAGAACAGACAGCAGUCUUGCCCGGUACAAAGAAGAGAAAGAGAGUUACUUUCGGAGAGGACCUAAGCCCUGAAGUGUUUGAUGAAUCUUUGCCAGCUAACACUCCGCUGCGGAAAGGACAAACACCUGUCCGUAGAAAGGAUUUAAGUAGCCUCAGUCCCCUGCUGCUUGAACAGUCUCCAGUUCCUGAGCGGCCACCUCAACCAGAUUUUGAUGACGAGGGAGAGAAUCUUGAAAACAUAGAGCCUCUUCAGGUUCCGCUUGCCGUUUUGAGUUCUCUUAAUAUGUCUUCAAUUGCUGAGACUCUUUCAGGCACUGAUACCUCUGCCUCUUCAAGUGACCAGGAGAACAUAGCCUCCUUCAGAGUCGGUAGAGCAACGCGGACCUCUAACAGAAGAAGGAAGUUGAUCAGUUUUUCAGAAGAGAGUGUUUGCAACUUACUCAAUGCAGAACCUCAGCCUUGUAAAGAAAAGAAAACUAAUCGGAGGAAGUCUCAAGAAAGCAAGCGUGCAGACAGAGUCCUUCCUCAAAAGAGUCGGGCUUUAAAAAGUCGCAGAAAGAAGAAAGGAAAGGGAAAAAGAAGUGGUGCCCAGAAGUCUUUAUAUGGAGAAAGAGCCGUCGCCUCUAAGAAGCCGCUCUUGAGCCCUAUCCCUGAGCUGCCUGAGGUCUCUGAGACGCCCUUGCUUGGGAGCCUCGUUCGGAGGGUGUACCCAGUAACCAGAGAGAUGACUUCUCAUGGUGCAGAGAUUGAGAGCCCACAAAGCCUUCACUUAGGCUGUAUUCUGCGACCUGAAAACCCUGAUGAUGUGUUUUUCACCUGUGAUGUAACGCCAGAUGAUUUCAACUCAAAUGGUAAAUUUGAAGAAGUGAUGCUUCCGAAGACAGAAAAUCUUUUGUCUCAGGACCCAGAAGAUUGGCAGGUGAUUCAAGGCUUUAAUAAAGACGAUGCAUCUGAGUCCUGCAGCUCUGACAUGAAAAGUUCCUCAUCUUUUAGUAAUGCUACUUUUGAGCAAGAUGCAAAUAUAAAUGCUAUAGAAAUGGAUGAAAAUGAAAAUAUCCCAAAAGCAAUUACGUUGGAAAGUGAAAACGAACUAAAACCCGGGACUGCGUGUGAAAACAGCCGUAUUGCCUGUACUUUGGUGACUGUAACCCCCGUCCUAUCGGGUGAUCCAAAACCCGAUUUUCCCCUGCAGUCCCAGGAACUUUCUGCUGCUGGUCAAAAUGUGGAAAACCUCUUUCAAAUCUUUAACAUCUCAGAAGAUAUGAGCAUCAAAUGUGGAAAACAGAGUGGCUUCUCAGUCAUUCCAGAAGACAAACUACAGACUGAGCAUCUCACACCCGAUUCACAAAAACAAUGUGAUUGUUCAGAAGAGGUCUUAACUGACCGGAGAAGAGUAAGGAAAAGUCAAGGUGAGGAUUUGGGACCAAACUCCACAGCAAGCUGCAGUGGUGUGAGUGACAGAGAAAGAAAAUACAGAGGACACUCUGUGGGUGGUUCUGAUGGGCUGGGUUUACAUUCGGAGAAAACCAACAGCCUCCAACCUUCCUACAGCAUGAGCAGCUCGGUAGGAGUUAGUUUAGAAAAUUCCCAACUGUGUGAAGAUUUAUCUGAUUGCAUUGAGCAAAGCCUUCAGAGGACAAAGAGCCAGACCAAAGUAAGACGCAGCUUGAGGCUGCAGAAAGGUUUGGAAAGCGCGGGAGGGCUCGUGUGGGUUUCACCUCCACCGCCUCCCGCCUCCUGCGCUUCCCGGAGAACCAAGAGGAGGACAGUAGGUGCUCUUGACUUCAGAGGCUUCGAGCCUGGGUCCUCCAGGCAGGAUCCUGGCACGCCGCCCUCCACAUCAGGUGAGAAUGGUGAGGCUUUGACCGCUGCCCCUGCCGCCCGUUUGCCGGGGAAGGGGAGGAGGAGAAGCGUCUACGCCUCUGCACUUGUCAGUCCUAAAAGCACCACCCAGGCAAGAGGCUACAAAAGAAGAUCCUUUCUCAGCCAGAAGGGAGAGAGCACGCUCCAAGGGUCUUUGAGAGAAUCAGACCCAUCAGAGAACUAAAGCAGUCACUGACACUGCCAGCAGAACAAUUUGGCAAGAAAGAAGGUGACCCACCGUUCAUGCCUGAAAGAUUCUUUCAUCCAGUUCCCAUUUUGUUCAACCUCAAUGUUUUAAAAGUUUCAAAUAAAAUCAUUUGAGUUGAACCUACA